CUUCUCCUCUGUUAAUGGGCUGCGAUCAAGCAGGAGAGAAGGACCAGGUGGAGGAGUUCUUCUUCCCAUCCGCCAGUGGGACUCACAGGAGAAGGGGAUUACCUUUCCUUUAGUGGACUAUUUCAACUUCACCGGUUGAACAAGGACGUCUGGCUGACCCAGUGAACCUGCUCUCCACUCAUCAUGAUCAGAUCUUCCAUCUCCUUCACCUGUCUCGCUCUUCUACUGCUCUGCACCUGCUGGGCCAAACCUAAUGGCUCCAAGAAUAAGAAACCUAAGCAAGUAAUUCCUGCCAUCGAGUGCGAUGUACGAGCCGGAAAGAUCAACCUCCCAGAGUUCAUUGUCAAAUGUCCCGCCCAUUGUAAGGAGACCAAGCAGCAGGUGUAUGGGACGGGCGUGUUCGCCUCCAUCUCCAGCAUCUGCAACGCCGCCAUUCACAGCGGGAUCAUCACCAACUCGGGAGGGAAGGUGAUAGUGAGGAAAAUGGCGGGGCAGAACGUCUACAAGGGCAGCAACUCCAAUGGCGUGCGCUCGCUGUCCCUCCCCAAGUGGAGGGAGUCGUUCGUGGUCACAGAGGGGAAGCCCAAGAAAGGAGUGAUCUACCCCGCUACCCUCGACUACGUGCCUUCCAGACCCACCUACGUGAAGACAAGUCAAAAGGACAGAUUACCUGCAGUUACCACAGUUGCACCCACCACAGCCGCACCUGAGCCAACCACAACCCCUGAGCCUGCGCCUACAACCACCACACCGGCUCCCACCACCACGACACCGCCACCACCCCCCACCACCACCAAAGCUCGAGCUGCUGUUCAUAAAGUCCGGGACGCAGGCAGCAGUCACCCGUAUCUUUCUGCCGUAGCAGCCGCAAGACAAACACAGAGUGGUCAAGCGAAGAGUCCCAGCCAAGUGUUCAGAGGAAGUGCCUAUCCAAAUAGAUUUCCACUUCGCACAAGUGCAGGUCUACGAAGACCCGAGACAGGAUCCUCUGUCAGGAGGCAGCCGUCCUCUCCAGUUGGUCCAGCAGUUUAUAACAGGGUCCAGCCAGCCCCACAGGAUCGGACCCCGACCAUCAGCCAGCCUAACCCUCCUUUUCCAAGAAGGGAUUGGGCGCCCCCGUCCUAUCCCCGUCCUGAGUGGUACCCUGGAGCGAGGAGACCAGCAGAUGUUAGCUAUGGCACUCCAGACUCUGGCUACUCGUGGACGGAUACAGACACACCUGACAGCGCAGCUCAGGAUCACAGGCCUGAUAUCUCUGAGUAUGAACGCUGGUUUUAUAACUUUGGACCGUACCUGCCUCGUUCGUCUGAAUCGGACGGGAAUAGAAAAGUCUCGGUGGAUACAACACACACGAGAGUGGAGCCAGUCGAUUCUUGGAAACCUGACACGAACCCUUACGAAUCAGGGUUCAAUGUGAGAGAGCCAGAACCUGCACCACCCCGCGUCCCAGAGCCAGUAUCUCAAGGAGAUCCAAACUGCAAGGUAGAUUUGGUGUUCUUGAUGGAUGGGAGCUGGAGCAUCGGGAAAAGGCGUUUUAAGAUCCAGAAGGACUUCCUGGCCGAGGUGGCUCAGGUCAUCAAUGUCGGCGUGGCCGGACCCAUGAUGGGCGUCAUACAAUAUGGGGAUGACCCCGUGACAGAGAUCAGUCUGAAGAGCUACUCCAACUCCAGAGACGUCAAGUCCAACAUCGAUAAGAUCCUGCAGAAAGGAGGCCUCUCUAACGUGGGGAAGGCCCUCUCUUACAUCAACAAGCAAUACUUCAGCGAUGCCAAUGGAAAUCGUGGCGGGGCACCCAACGUCGCGGUGGUGCUAGUGGAUGGCUGGCCCACAGACAAGGUGGAGGAAGCGUCCCGACUGGCUCGGGAGUCUGGCAUCAACAUUUUCUUCGUGACCAUCGAGGGCGCUGAUGAGAAAGAGAAGCAUAACCUGGUGGAGGCCAACUUUGUGGACAAGGCUGUGUGCCGGACAAACGGCUUCUUUUCCCUGCCGGUCUCCAGCUGGUUCGCUCUUAGGAAAGCGGCACAACCUCUGGUGAAAAGAGUGUGUGACACCGACCGACUGGUCUGCAGCAAAACCUGCCUCAACGCCAACGACAUUGCCUUUGUCAUUGAUGGAUCCAGCAGCGUGGGGACCGGCAACUUCCGCACCGUGCUGCAGUUUGUGGCCAACGUCACACGAGAGUUUGAGAUCUCCGACACGGACACGAGGGUCGGGGCGGUGCAGUACACCUACGAGCAGAGGCUGGAGUUCGCGUUUGGACAACACAACAACAAGGCCGACCUGCUCAACGCCAUCAAACGCAUCAGCUACUGGAGCGGCGGGACCAGCACCGGGGCUGCCAUCACUUACGCGGCCGAGCAGCUCUUCAGCAAGUCCAAACCCAACAAACGCAAGAUCAUGAUUGUUAUCACAGAUGGUCGAUCCUAUGAUGACGUCAGAGCGCCGGCACUGGCAGUGCAUCGCCAAGGUGUGAUCGCCUACUCCAUUGGAAUCGCCUGGGCCGCCCAGGAUGAGCUCGAGUAUAUCGCCACCGACCCCGACAAAGAGCACUCCUUCUUUGUGGACGAGUUUGACAGCCUUUACAAAUACGUUCCCAAAAUCAUCCACAACAUCUGCCAGGAGUUCAACUCCCAGCCCAGAAACUGAGCCCACACAGGGGGAGGGGAGGAGCGGCAGGCCACAGCUGGAUCCUGGGCGGUCUUAGCGGAACACCGAUUGUAAAUUUGCUUUUGCUGGUGCCCAGAUGUGUCAGAGAGGAAGCAUCACGCAGGUUCAUCCGAGUCCCCCUCAUAUACUAACGGUGCUAUGGUGAACCGUAAAACCCAUCCGAGGACACUCGAACUCAGUUUUGUACACAUUAUAAACAGCUGCUGAAGAUGUCAACUUUGAGUCCCAUCCCAGCUACAUCCGUGCGUCACAAACUUGAGUCCAUGUAAACUAAACAACACAGUUUGCUUUGGCAAUCACGAAAUGUCAGUCAAAUCUUUUUCUAGCUGAAAAACAUUCAACUCUGAAGCGCAACUGAACCAAAGCAAGACUCCAGAUCAUAGCAGAGUUAGUCACUCGUGCACUAUAGUUUAUUAAAUAUAAACAAUUGGGUUUGUUUUUUUUUAUUAAGCAUAGACAAUACGCACAAUUGUUUUUGGUGUGUUUACCGUUUCAAGGAGCAAAAAAUAUUGACCAAGAAUUGUGUGUCCAUACAAUGUUCAGAGAACCACAAACAAAGAGCGGACGUGUCGUCGCUGUGAGGCGUUUGGAACUGGGUUUCCACAUUCAUUUUUAUCGUGUACUGUUUAGCCGAGUAAGAUACUUACACACGCUCCUCUGUGUCCGUUUAAGCCUCGCAUUGUUCGCAAUAAAAUUUGCUUGGCGUUUGAACAGUGAAAUUGAAGGAAACUGCCGACUCACUACCAUUACAAUUAUAUUACAAUAACCAUUACAAUAAAAAGAGUCAGUCACAUCAUCACAUGACGCCGUAUACAGUCAAGCGAUGCAGCAACUGUAACUCUUUUUCUUGCUUUUUUUUUUAUUAAGAAAAUUGGCGGGUUAAAGCUUUUUUUUUUUUCAACAUCCUCAGCACUUCUUUUAUAAAAAUCGGAUUUAAUUUUUUUUUUCUAGACUGAGUCGUCAAAUGUUCCUCGCAGAAAGAGGCGCGUGCAUGAAUACAGGUGGGGACCAGCACGCUUUCUAUUACAGACACAAGGUUUUAUUACAACCAAAAUAUUCCUUCACUCUAUAUUAUUAUUCAAACACAGCAGCCAAUUAUCUUUUAUAUAUAUAAUUUAUGAUUUCCUCCUAUUGGUCGUUUGUACAUAUGCAUAUUAAAUCUGUUGUCUGGGAGUGUCUAAAAUGCGAUCAAACAUUUUGUAAUUUUUCAUAAAAUAAAAACUGAA